AUGCGCGCCUUCACGAGAAGCAUACAACCUUUCUCGGCAGCUUUCACUCUCCCGAAACAAACCAAUCGCAUACGCAUAUCGAACGCGACUUUACCGACGGCAUGGACGCGCUCAUUUCACGCGUCGGCGAAUUUGAGAGUCGUCGACCUUGCGUAUCGGCUUCAUGAUGACUCGGGCAAGGCCGAUGGAGAUCCGAUCGUGAUUGUACAUGGCUUGUUCGGGAGCAAGAGGAAUAACCAGGGUGUUGGAAAUGCACUUGCGCGCGUCCUAAAGCGUCCCGUAUACGCCAUCGACACACGAAACCACGGCGAAUCUCCUCACGAUAAAGUCCACAACUACACUACGCUCGCUGAAGACGUAGAAGCCUUUCUUAAGAAGCACGAGCUCAAGAAUGCCACGCUUAUAGGACACUCGAUGGGUGCGAAGACAGUCAUGACCAUGGCACUCAGGAACCCAGACUGCUGCGCAAAUAUCAUACCGGUGGAUAAUGCGCCAGUGGAUGCGGCACUAUCAAGCGACUUCCCCAAGUACGCAGAAGGCAUGCAGCAUGUCGAGAAGUCACAGCCCAAGAGCCAGAAGGAGGCAGAUAAGCUUAUGGAGCCUUACGCAAAGGAUCUACCAGUUCGCCAAUUCCUCCUGACCAACCUCAUGAGAGGUGAACCAGGCGCGCCUCUCAAGUUCCGCAUACCUGUGAGCAUCCUUACCAAGGCGCUCGAUAACAUGGCGGACUUUCCCUUCACCAACCCGGACGAGACUUCGUUUAGCAAGAGAGCCCUCUUCAUCCGAGGCACCAAGAGCCACUACGUGAGCGACGAGACGCUUCCAAUCAUCGGUCGUUUCUUCCCUAGGUUCGAGCUGGUGGACAUAGAUUGUGGUCACUGGGUCAUUAGUGAGAAGCCCGAGGAGUUCAUCAAAGCGGUUGUGGAGUUCUUGCAGGAGAAGGAAUAG